GCUCGAGUUUCGUAAAUAGACAAACACCCUCUAUGCUCCCCUCACUCCUCGCACGACACGGUCUCCCCUCGCCGUCGUCCAUCGCGCUCAGCUCACAGGUUCAGGUUCAGGGCAGCAUCGUGAAGAUAAGGGUUUAGAGAGAUAUGUGGAGAUCAAUUGUGUCGAGAUCGCGAAAUGUAUCGAGGAGUCUCAGCGGAAUUCGGACCUCAAAGGCUCCUUCAUCUGUCUCUGUGGCUGAAUCUGAUCCUCAAUCAAUCCAGAGAUCCUCAUCUCUAGUUGCUUUUGCUCGAAACAUCAGUUUCUUCUCUAUGAAUGCUGCUGAAGAGAAUCCUAUUUCACCCGGCCCCGAGAUUGCUUUGGUCGAAUCAGAUGUCUCUCCAGGAAGGGAUGUUCAUGGAGAAUUGGAUGCUUCCGAUCUGGGUUUUGCCGAAAGUGACGGUGCUGAUGGUCUUAUCGCCGAAGCCACUGUCGAUGCUGAUGGAGAUGGUGAUGGUGAUGUUGGGGGAGGAAAUGUUGAUGAUUGGAUAGAUGAGGUGUACGAGGUUGAUGUCGAAAAGUUAGAGUCUGUGCUGUCUUUGUUACGGAGUGAUGAACAGUCUUUAGAGUUCUGUCUUAAGGCCAUUGAUGUUGAUUUGCAUGUAGAUUUUGUGAUCAGGGUAUUGGAGUCCCCAGGAAUUUCAGGUGGGAACUUGAUUAGGUUCUUCAAGUGGGCAAUGGGUAGAAAAGGGUUUACCGUUACUACUACUGUUGUGGAAGCUCUUGUUCUGCAAAUUUCGGGUGAAACCAGAAGGAUGGAUGCUUAUAGUUUGUGGGAUUUGAUCAGGGAGAUAGGCGAAAAGGAGAGCAGUGUUCUGAAUUUGGGGAUAAUGAAUGAGUUGAUAGCUGCGUUAGGGAAGCUUAAUAAACCAAAAGCUGCUUUUGAUGUGUUUAGUAAAAUAGAAGAGUUUGGGUUCAGUCCAGAUGGAAAGACUUACUACCUGACACUGGAAGCCCUUUGCAAGCGCUCCUUUACGGAAUGGGCAUGUUCGGUUUGCGAGAAGAUGAUUGCGGUAGGUAUUUUACCAGAGAGCAGUAGGGAGGUUGGUAACAUCAUAACUUUGUUGUGUAAGGAAGGAAAAGCCAUAGAAGCUCAAUCGGUUUACAUGCUGGCCAAGACAAAAGACAAGUACCCGCCUCGUAAAUCUACCGUUACACUGAUAAAUUCUCUCUGCAAAAACGAUGAGACUGUGCCAUUAGCUCAACAGAUGUUGGGUGAUCUCACCGGAGAAGACAGAAGGCAGGGAAUCAAGCCGUUUUCUGACGUAAUACGAGGUUUAUGCAGGACGAAAAACGUGAGAGACUCAAAAGCCUUGCUUCUGGAUAUGAUCUCGAGAGGGCCACCUCCCGGGAACGCGGUCUUCAACUCGAUAAUCAACGCAUGUUCAAAAGCUGGAGAACUGAACGAAGCGAGAGAGAUGAUCAAGUUGAUGGAAAGUCGGGGAUUGAAACCGGAUUUGUACGCAUACACAGUCAUCAUCAGCGGUUAUACGAAAGCGGGGCUGAUGGAUGAAGCAUGUGAAGUUCUUGCAGAAGCCAAAAGGAAGCAUAAGAAGCUAACUCCGGUAACUUAUCAUACACUAGUGCGUGGGUAUUGCAAGAUGGAGGAAUACGACAAGGCUAUGAAACUGUUGUCUGAAAUGGACCGUUUCGGCGUGAAGCCCAAUGCGGAUGAGUACGGUAAGCUGAUACAGUCGCUUUGCCUCAAGGCCCUGGAUUGGAAGACAGCCGAAAAGCUGGCCGAGGAGUUGAAGGAGAAGGGUUUGUAUCUGAAUGCUAUUACUCGGGGUCUGAUACAUGCGGUGAAAGAGCUGGAAUCCGAAGCCUUAAAGAAUGCGGACGAGAAAUUACUAGCCGAAGCAUAGUUUUUUUAUUCCUUUUUGUAAUCGCAUCAUGGAGGUGAAACGACAUCGUAUGAUGUGCUGUACAAAGACCAUGGCUCCUCCUAAUAAGAUUUCCUUUUUUGCAUUUUGCCA